AUGGCGGCGGAAAGAAGAGAGUCGUCGGUGGAAAUGAUCCGAAUCCUUCCUCGGAAAGGAGAAGGAGAAGAGGAAGAGUUAUUCGACGCGGAGAAAGAGUUAGGGAGAGACGUGAAAUCUGUGUUUAAGAUGCUCGACGACGACGGAGGAAAAGAGAAAAGUAAUAAAUUCGUCACCGCGGAGGAACUGGAACGUUUGAGGAAAGAGAGAGGGGGAAAAGAAGAGGAAUCAGAGAAAGAACCGGUGAAACCCCUGUGGCAAAUUCUCCAAGAGCAAAGAGAUGUGAAAGAGGAAAAGUUUCAGGAAGGGUGGAAAACGAUGAAGGAAGGGAAGAACCGGCCGUUGGAGGAGGACGAGAUUGAGUUCUUGGACGAAGUGGAAGAGCAGAAGAGAGAGAACGAGAAAAGAAAGCGAGAGGAGGAGAAGGAGCUGAGCAAACAGUUUAAACUGGCGAAAGCGAGAAGUCACGCACUGAAUUCCAAAACCGCUACCGCCAUGGAGGAGAGCGAGGAGAAAAAGAAGAGAGAGAGUGGUGGGAGAGAUGAUGGUGUGGGUGUCGACGACGACGACGGCGACUUUGCGGCGAAGAAAGCGAAGAACACGAAUAACGCGAAGAAGAAACUUCUCAAAGUGGCAAAGAAGAAGACGACCAACCCACAACCAGCGACAAGUCUUCGUUAG